CACGAGCGCUGUAACAGGAUAUUGGUCAGAGCGGAAGUGACGCCGGUGGUUUUGGCAGUUCGAACAGAAGCAGCGACUCGUAAACUUUGAGAUGUUUUCAUGUGUUGCUCCAGUAGAUCGAUCAGACGUGCGUGAUGAGCUCUGAUUGGUCCAUCACAUCCAGGUGAAGCCAUGGCAGAAUUGUACGUGAACACACAGAGCGCUCAGAGUGUGGCGGGGCCUGAGGAGAAGGGCGGGGCCACACAGGUCAGUGAGUACUGUAAAGAUCUGCUGACGAGAGGACGAGAGGAGCUGAGUGUGGAGGAGCUGCGAGCAGAACGCUACUUCCUGCAGAGACAGAGGAACGUGGAGGAGAGACUGAAAAGUCUGACGGAGAUGAAGGAGCAGCUGAGUCAUGAGCUCGAGGAGAAGAGGAAACUUUUACUGUUGAGAGAAUCACAACAACAGGUGCUUCAUGCAGCCUCCUCUCAGACGUCAGAUUCUUGUCGACCUCCAGCUGUUUCCUCCUUCCUGAUAUACGAUGAGUCACAGUCCACUGCUGCACGGCCUGCUGGAAACUCUGAACUACUCGACGAAAUCUUCCUCCAACCUGACGACACAGGACUGAGUCUGAAGAUCCAGUUCCCCAGACCAGAUUGUCCUGGAGGAACGACCGGAGACCUCCAGACUCUGGUGGACCCCCAUCCCUCCUCCGUCCCUCAAGAACCAGGCUCCUAUACCACAAAUAAGCUGAGUCCCAUACAGGAGACCAGUGUGGAGGCUGGAACCUGGAGUCUACUGGAAGACCAGAGGCAGGACAAGAACCAGAACCAGAACCAAGACCAAGACCAGAACCAGAGCCAGGACCAGAACCAGGAGGAGAUGGAACCUGGACCAGCGGGGGGUGCUGUGGAUGCCUGUGACCCAGAGGCUCGGCAGCAGCUGUUGGACAUCUGUGAUGUCACUUCCUCUCCUGGUUUUCAUUGCGAGUCUCGGCCCCUCCCUCCUGUGAACAGCUGUCUGCAGCUGGGAGGCAACCUGUAUCACAUCUACUCCAGAGUAGUAGAUGAAGAAAUGUUCUCCAUUUAUAAAGGAGCCACGAAUGACGACAACGUUCUCGUUAAGGUGGAUCGUUGUCGUGUUCCGUGGGAUUUUCAUCAGUUUCGUCGUCUGAAGAAAAACUCGUCCGUCGACAGUCUCCCUCAGAUCAGCUGUUUCCUGUUCCUGGACGGCUGCAUCACCGUCUACACCUGUCCACCUGACCACAUGUUCACCGAGCUGACGGAGUGUGAGGACUCGGUCGUUCGUAAAUCUCUCCUCCUGCUGCAGUUGGUGUUGGAGCUUCACUCUUGCCGCUUGCUUCAUGCGGCGCUGCGGCCGAGCAUCCUCGUCGCCUCUUAUCGAGGUCUGAACCUGGAGCGGGUCUUCCCGGUGGACUGGUCGUCAUCCGUGGACGUGGACGUGCAGCAGGACGUCACCUCGGUGCAGCAGCUGUCGUCAGCUCACUCUUACAUUAGAGUCGGUCUCCUGGAGCCGACGUCGCCGCCACAGUUGGUCGAUCUGUUGGGCGUGGCUGAAACCGUCCACCUCCUCCUGACCAACAGCAGGAUGGUCCUGGUGAAAGACGACGACGGUUGGACGGCCGAGCGGUUCAGCCAAGACGAGUCCUGCAACAUGUUUCCAGGGACGUGGAAGACGUGGAGCAGGUUUUUCCGGUCGCUGCUGAACGCCAGCGGUCGCUGUUCAAUGUCCGUCCUGUCGGACGUGACGGAGCAGUUGUCGCUUCUUUUAAAGUAAAACAUCAUCUGCACUUUCUGUUCGUCAUUAUUUUUCACAUUUAAAUCAUUAAUAAAGCAACUGUUUCACUGAA